UUCUUUCCUGCUGUCCCAAAUGUAUGUUCCAACUCUAUUGAUAUGGAACCAUUAGAAGGUGAUCAAUUCUGGCCAAAACAACAUAAAUCGCCCAAUAAGUUGAAAAAAAUUAUCUCCAAGACAUUUAAAUCUCUAGAACGCAAAGUGCUCCGCAAACCAAAAGAAAUCACUGUGACCAAAGAAACCAUGGUUUCUGAAGUUUCGUCAUUCUCAAAUGAUGAAAAUAUAAUUGAAAUUGAUGAAAUUGAUGAACUUAUUGAUAUUUAUUCAUCAAUUCCGGAAUCGUUGGAUAAAGAUGAAUCUAAUUCGUCCAAUAUCGUCGGAUAUGAAGCAUCAUCUACAUGUACUUUAGCCGGAAAUGAUGCCAUCGAUCAUAUCGAAAACGAUUCUACCAAAUGCAAUCCAAUAAAAACAAAUUCAAUUCUUUAUAUUCCUUAUUAG